UUUCAGACCGGACAAUGAAAAAAAAAAACUUUUUACCGAUUGUUAAAUAAGUGAAACAUAAAACUCUCAGCUUAAAUCAGCAAAUAUUGGUGAGAUCGAAAAUCGAAUUCAUUUCAUGAGGCACUCACAUCAGUACGCUGCAUUUCCUCCUCGAACUUAAACAACUUUAAAAUGCACAUAAAGCAAUGGGCGUUCUUUUUUGUCUUCCUCUUGAGCACGGAAUAUAUAGCUACGACUGCAGCUCAUUUGGCCCGUGUUAAACGACAGACUUCAUGUACACUUCAACCACAGGUAACGAGCAUGUUCGACAAGUGUUUUAACGAUGUCCGUAACCAGAUGCCCAAUUCCAUGUCGAUGCCCGACACAACCACCAGCAGCGUUCAGUUGGCACAGGGUUCCAUUUCAAAUCUCAAAAACUUCAAACGGACUUCAGAACUCAGCUGUAUGUGCAUGGGCGACAGGGUGAAGAUUUUUGUUCAAGUCAGCUUCAUCGACAUCACAGUCACUUUUCUGGUCACCCUCCUUGACAGUCUUCUGGGAGGUCUCUUAGGAAAUCUUGGGACCACUCUUGCUCGUCUAGUGGGACAAGUGGUCAACUUACUUCUCAAUAUACUGGUGUUGGAAAUAAACGUCCUCAUCGCUGUAGAUCAACCACUUUCAGGUGGAAACUGCCAAUUAUCCGAAUUUCAAGUACAGAAAAUCACUGCCAUUCGGAUAUUGAACAUUGACCUCACGCAACUACUAGUAGGACUGCUGGGGGACAUCCUCACCCCUGUACUCAACACACUGGUCACCCAGUUGCUCAGCAAUCAGGUCAGGGCCAUCAUUGCCUCGGAAGUGUCAAAAAUGAAGAUACCACCAGAGAUGAUCAACUGCUCUCCUUAUUAAUUAAAAAGUACUUUAUUAAAAAUGUGAACAUUGUUUUCAGAAACAAAUCAUUAUUUAUAACAGUUGUGUGAUAAAGUAAACAGCGAAUCAAUGUUGACACCUUUUUAUGUAAUAAAAAUUGAAUUGUCAUACUA